AUGGAAAUCUAUCUAUAUAUGUUGCAAGGAAUCAGAAAGCUUCAUUAUCUUUUUCUCCUCCUCCUCCUCUUAUGUACGGUAUCUCUUCAAGAUAUCCUUUUUCUCCUCCUCCUCCUCUUAUGUACGGUAUCUCUUCCUGAUCUUCUUUUUCUCCUCCUCCUCUUAUGUACGGUAUCUCUUCCUGAUCUUCUUUUUCUCCUCCUCCUCUUAUGUACGGUAUCUAUUCAUGAUCUUCUUUUUCUCCUCCUCCUCUUAUGUACGGUAUGUCUUCAUGAUCUUCUUUUUCUCCUCCUCCUCUUAUGUACGGUAUCUAUUCCUGAUCUUCUUUUUCUCCUCCUCCUCUUAUGUACGGAAUCCCUUCAAGAUCUUCUUUUUCUCCUCCUCCUCGUAUGUACAGUAUAUCUUCAUGAUCUUCUUUUUCUCCUCCUCCUCCUCUUAUGUACGGUAUCCCUUCAAGAUCAAUGGCUCUCCUCCUCCUACUCUUAUGUACGGUAUCCCUUCAAGAUCUUCUUUUUCUCCUCCUCCUUCUCUUAUGUACGGUAUCUCUUCCUGAUCUUAAUUUUUCUCCUCCUCCUCUUAUGUACGGUAUAUCUUCCUGAUCUUCUUUUCUCCUCCUUUUCUUAUGUACGGUAUCUUUUCAUGAUCUUCUUUUUCUCCUCCUCCUCUUAUGUACGGUAUCCCUUCAAGAUCUUCUUUUUCUCCUCCUCCUUCUCUUAUGUACGGUAUCUCGUCCUGAUCUUCUUUUUCUCCUCCUCCUCCUCCUCUUAUGUACGGUAUCUCUUCAUGAUCUUCUUUUUCUCAUCCUCCUCUUAUGUACGGAAUCCCUUCAAGAUCUUCAUUUUUUCCUCCUCCCCUUAUGUACGGAAACCCUUCAAGAUCUUUUUCUCCUCCUCUUCCUCUUAUGUACGGUAUCUCUUCCUGAUCUUCUUUUUCUCCUCCUUCUCUUAUGUACGGUAUCUCUUCCUGAUCUUCUUUUUCUCCUCCUCCUCUUAUGUACGGUAUCUCUUCCUGAUCUUUUUUUUCUCCUCCUCCUCUUAUGUACGGUAUCUCUUCCUGAUCUUCUUUUUCUCCUCCUUUCUUAUGAACGAUCUUCUUUUUCUCCUCCUCCUCUUAUGUACGGUAUCUCUUCAAGAUCUUCUUUUUUCUCCUCCUCCCUCUUAUGUACGGUAUCUCUUCCUGAUCUUCUUUUUUCUCCUCCUCCUCCUCCUCCUCUUAUGUACGGUAUCUCUUCCUGAUCUUCUUUUCUCCUCCUCCUCCUCCUCUUAUGUACGGUAUCCCUUCAAGAUCUUCUCCUCCUCCUCCUCUUAUGUACGGUAUCUCUUCAAGAUCUUCUUUUUUUCUGCUCCUCGUCCCUUAUUUGUACGGUAUCUCUUCCUGAUCUUUUUUUCUCCUCCUCCUAUAUGUACGGUAUCUCUUCAAGAUCUUCUUUUUUCCUCCUCCUCUUAUGUACGGUAUCUCUGCAUGAUCUUCUUUUUUUUCCUCCUCCUCCUCGUCCUAUGUACGGUAUCUCUGCAUGAACUUUUUUUCUCCUCCUCCUCUUAUGUACGGUAA